AUGCCCCCAUGCAGGUGGCGCUGUGGGACCUGCGCCACCCCUCCACCCGCGCGCUCUCCAUCGGCUCGCCUCAAGGCUUUCCCCACGCCGCCCCCCACCCCCACUCCGCUGCUUCUGCCGGUGCGCUCCCUCCUUGCUGCAUCUCCUCGCAUGCUGCAUCUCCUCGCAUGCUGCAUCUCCUCGCAUGCUGCAUCUCCUCGCAUGCUGCAUCUCCUCGCAUGCUGCAUCUCCUCGCAUGCUGCAUCUCCUUCCUCUUCCCGGACCAUGAAGCUGAGAGUAUCUCCCCUCGUGUCGCACUCUCCCCUCGUGUCGCACUCUCCCCUCGUGUCGCACUCUCCCCUCGUGUCGCACUCUCCCCUCGUGUCGCACUCUCCCCUCGUGUCGCACUCUCCCCUCGUGUCGCACUCUCCCCUCGUGUCGCACUCUCCCCUCGUGUCGCACUCUCCCCUCGUGUCGCACUCUCCCCUCGUGUCGCACUCUCCCCUCGUGUCGCACUCUCCCCUCGUGUCGCACUCUCCCCUCGUGUCGCACUCUCCCCUCGUGUCGCACUCUCCCCUCGUGUCGCACUCUCCCCUCGUGUCGCACUCUCCCACUGCUCCAAUUGCUGCUGAAGGCACUCGCCUGCCCAUGGCGCUGCACCUCAUGCUCAGCCCCUCCGUCUCCCCCGCGCUCUUCCUGCUCGCCGGCUACGAGGAUGGUCGCAUGGCCCUGUGGGACGUGCGCCGCCCCGAUCGCCCUCUCACUGCCGCGCGCCUGCACUCCCACCCAGGUGGGCGGCACUCUCACCGAGCAGUGCAGAGCAUGGCAGUGUGGAGCAGUGCGGAGCAUGGCAUGUCAGGCGGGGCCGACACAGACACCGUCUUCUUCCGCCUCUCCCUCUCCCAGGUAAGACCCGCCCUCCUUGCUUCCUCGCUCCACCCUUUGCAACUUCGCAAGCCCCGUUCACACCGCCCCGCACAGCACCCAUCACUGCACACGUCACUGCAGCGGGUGUCCGCCACUGCUCAGUUACCCGACGGCAGCAUGGAGGCGGUGAAGCGGGUGCGGUCACAGCAGCCCGGCACCGCUGCCAUCGCGCUGCACCCCGCGGGUGGAGUAGCGGCCACCGGGGGCUGGGAUGGCAGCGUGCGCCUCUAUGACUGCGCCCUCCUCCACAGACCUCGCCCUGCCGCCCACCUCACCCACCACUCUGCUGCUGUGACAGCAGUGGUGUUCACGCCGGACGGCCAGCUGUGCUCCGCAUCACGUGAUGCCACCAUCGCUCUCUGCCGUGCUCGCUGA